GACAAAGUUGACCCACGAGAACGAGUCAGUGAACGAGACCAAUGCCGCGUGGGGGGCGUCCACGUUGGCACAUGACAAGAUGGCGACCGUUUGCAUGAACGACACGAACGACGGGAGCUCCCAUGAGUUGGGUGCGGCGAGGGCUCCCCAUGGUGUGUCUGGGACCACGCACGUUGUGUCCAUCGCGACAUAGUGGAAAAACGCGAGGAAGGCCAGCGUGACCGCGACAACGGCGUUGAACACGAAACGACUCGUACGAUGUCCGUGGGUGUCGGUGCUUGGGGCAGACGCUUGCGACGGAUCAAUGUCGCCCACGCCGGAUUCUUUACCCGAGGAAUUUGUGCGUGAUGCCGAGAUCGGGCGAGUUGGGGCGGGGCCGUCCAUCGCAUCGGGGCCACCACUUAGUUCACCAGGCACAUUUGCGUUCGAUGGGGAAGGCGUCGAGCCCACGGAACCUUCGGACGACACCGUUGUCGCAGGGCGCUCGUUUGUUCCCGUGGCAUUUUCCUCUACCUUGUUCGUGAUCACGGGCAUGUCUGUUACGCCGGGAAAGGUCGAAACGGGUUGCAAUGACGGUGCCGUGCUGGUCGCCAUUGGCGUCGCUGUUGGACUUGCCGUGGUCGGUUCGACAAUCACGACAGCAGCCUCUUUCGUGGUGAUAUUUGGGGCCGCAGACACGUUGGGUGCGCUCGUAGGAUGAGGAACUACCAAAAUGGUCGGUGCUGCUGUCGUCGGUGCAUCCGUUCGAGGUGCAGUCGUUGUCGGAUCUGGGAAUCGAGGGACUGUCGAAUUGGACGACGUGAGAGAAAGUGGGGCGUGUGUCGUUGGGUCGGUGAUAUUGGGAGUGUGGGCAGGGGGGAUUGCUUUAGUCGUUGUUGUGUUGGUGGAGACAGGUAUAAAGAGAGCGAGUUCAGGCGUUGGAGUAGGCUCUGGUGUUGGUGCAGGCGUUGUCAGGAUGGUAGUCGUUCGCGUAGGGAGGCGUGUGGCGUUUGUGGGUGCUGGAGUCAGCAUUGUGACGUUCGUGGCGACUGUUGUGCCGACAGGAGGAAAGGUGAUCGAGUUGCUAGUUGACAGAGUGGGUGCCGCUGACGCAUUGGGUGCAGGAGCGGUUGGAAUCGAUGUUGCUGCCAAGAUCACAGCGCCUGGAGUACUAUUGCGCUGGUCUAUGACAUUUUCGCCCUGCGUCUCUUCAAGUGGUUGAGCCGUGGAGGCGGCCGACGAAGUGAGUGCGAGGCAAGCGGUCAUGGCAAGGAAAAAGCCCAUUGUUACGGCAAAAUGGC